GAGGUCGGAUGUGUUGUGUGUGGCGAGAGAGACAACAUAGUACAGUAUGGUCCGUGGUUGAUGAACGAAGGGUAGACUAAACUGUCUUUUCGCCGAAAUUGUAAAGGUUGAGCAUGGAUCAGAACGGGAAGGAUGGCUAUGAUUUUCGCCGAAACUGUUAUUUUCUACUUACGUUAGUGCGACAUGGCGAGACCCAAUCAAACAGAGACAAGAUUAUACAAGGUCAGCUGGAUGUACCAUUAUCAGAAGAAGGAGAGUGUCAAGCCAUACAUGCAGGAAUGUACCUCAGAGAUGUGGCCUUCAAUAAGGCCUUUGUCAGUGACCUUAAACGUACUAUGCAGACAGCAGAGAUCAUCAAAGCAAAUAGUCUUAAACAAUUUAACAUUCAUCAAGAUGUACGACUAAGAGAAAGGAGUUACGGACAAAUGGAAGGGAAGUCAUUCACCAUUCUAAAAGACGCAUCGGAGAAGGCGGGUAUCAAAUUAAGGGAUUACACUGCACAAGGUGGCGAAUCACUGCCAGAGGUACGCUUCAGGGCCACACAGUUCUUCCACAAUUUGUGCCAAAGCACGUUACAGAUGUUGAAAGCCGAAAAACAAACGAGGGAAGCCACUAACGGUAGCCCUACCAAUUCGAGCAGGAGCCGCUUCUACAAAUGGACUCGUUUUGAUAAAGGAAAAACAGGAAGCAAAAGCCCUGAUAGCCCAAAAGAAAAAUACCUCGGUUUAGCCGGUAGGUUAGAUGCCAGUGCAUGUCUAGGAUGUUGGGGAAAGAGGGAAAAAGAUAAAGAAACAAAAGAGAACCAACUGGUAUCAACACAAAGGACUAAAAAUGGCUGUGAAACGGCUGGGAGCCCCGAUAGCAACAGAGAGGAUUACAACCCCUUCUAUUUGACAAAAAGUGCCGCGCAGAGUCCGAACGGAGAAAAUAUCCUGAUUGUCAGUCAUGGGGUUCUGUUGAAGGAAAUGAUACGUUAUUUUGUAGAGGAUCUGAACUGUAUUAUUCCCGGCGGGAAAGGAAAAGCAUUACGAACAAGCCCUAACACAGGUGUUUCACAGUUUAUGGUACAUAUAGGUGAUGAUGGACAGGUGUUGCAGGUUGAGUGCCUUAUGGUUCAUAGCAUUCAGCACCUACCAGGUGCACAUAAGUAUUGUUCCGCACAAUCAAAUGGUAAAUGACAUCAUACGGACCGAUGCAUUCCACAAUGUACGAGACAUCUUAGUACCGUGUUGAAUUAUACUUAACACCAAAAAGUAUGUUCAUAAAGACAUUAAUAUUGAAACUGGUACCUUUUGAGCAAUAAAGUUUUUAAUGCCAAGAUCUAUAUCAAUUUAUACGUACAUACCAGUACAACAGUAUUGAUUGUAUUUAUUGCAAAUAAAUAUAACUUUUUAAGCUGGCAUGUACUAAGAUGAUAUUUCAACAUCUGUGUAUUCUAUAUAAAGCAUGAUAUGUAAAAACAGACAAAUACAAAGAUUUAUAUUUGACAAGAUGGGUUUUGAUGUUUCUUUUUUAUUAUUGGCUAUUCAAUCAGAACUACCCGUUUUCGUGUUGACCGAGCUAUAUUUUUAAAAGAAGACAUGUUAAAAUAUGGCAAA